AUGAAUUUUAUAAACGAUUUUCAUGAAAUAGAACGAACAUCUCACGAGGAAAUAAUAAUGUUAAUGACUGACGUUGUCGAAACCUCCAACUAUGUUAUUGAAACAAGUAACAGAAACUAUCAACAAUUUAAUAACAAAAUGAAUAUAUUCACAAAAUCUGUCAAUAACAUAAUUACCGAUAGUUCUCAAUAUAAAACACAAAAGAUAUAUAAAAAAGAAAAAAAUUCAACAACAAUGCCAAAAAAAAGCUACCUGGGCGAAAUAUUUUUAAAAGUUUGGAGAAACCAUUUCCUUAAAUACAGAAUAUUUUUUUGGUUAUCAUACAACAGAUAUAUGAAUGAGUUUUCUUAUAACCAAAUUCACAACCCAAACUGGAUGAUUAGAAAUAAUCACUACUUUUUGUUGCAUGACAAGUUGAAAAAUAGUUCAAAUAACGACUGGGUACUUCAUAUGAAGCUAUUAAAUUUAAUGGAUCCCUUCGUUAUUAGAGAAAUUGCAAAAGAACCAAGCCAAAGACCAUUCUUGGUAUAUCUUUUAAACAAAUGCCAAAGAAACAUAUUAAUGGUACCCGACAUAAUAGACGCUGUAGCUGAAGGAGGUCAUUUAGAAGAGCUAAAAACAAUUCACAAUUGGGAAGUAUGCUUGAAAUGGGGUAACUGGAGAACCACAACCAAAGCUGUUGACUCUGCUUCGGAAAAAGGCCACUUUGAAGUUGUGCAAUUCCUUUUGGAGAAUAGAACUGAAGGUUUCACUGAAAAAGCACCAAUAGCCACCUCAAGAAUAGGAAAUUUAAAAAUUUUACAAUUAUUAUCAAGCUACGGCACCAUACCUUACCACAAAUGUGUAGAAGAGGCUGCAACCUAUGGCCAUUUAAAUAUUAUGGUAUUUAUAUUUUAUAAAAACAUUGGUUUGAUGUCACAAAUUGAUAUCGACCCAGAAACUGUCUUGAUGAAUAGGGACAUGGGAUUUUUCGAUCUUGAUAAAUUUGAAAAAAAAUACAAAAAACCAUCCACUAAUAUUGAGGACGAAAAUAAAUUAAAAAUAACACGCCAAUUAGAAAACUUUUCAAAAGAAGAAUUAAUAGAUUAUGUUAUGAAUAAUAAUAAUAAUAAUAAUGAUAAUAAUAACAAUAAUAAUAAUAAUAAUAACAAUAAUAAUAAUAAUAAUAAUAAUAAUAAUAAUAAAAAUAAAAUUAGUAGAUAUAGUAGAACCCCCAAAACAACCGCAGCCUCAUCAUCAUCAUCAUCAUCAUCCUCUUCAUCCUCUUCAUCCACAACACCCAAUACUAGUUCACAACAAAAAAUCACCCAACAACAAGAAACUUUAGACAGAAUCAAUGAAUAUUUAAAAUCAAAACAGACAAUAUCAAAAAAAAAUAAAAAUAAUAUAUUUUUAGAUCAGAAAGUACCAGAUAUUGAAUUAUCAACAGCAAAUGCAAUUAACAACGCAUUGGUAAAUGGCCAUAUAGACUGUGUUAUAUUUUUAGAAGAGUUUUUUAAUCAACCAUUCGAACUAACAGACGAUUUACUUACCGACAUUGCAAUGAGAGGCAACUUAUUAAUAUUACAGUAUCUAAAAGAACAUGGUGCUGAUAUGUCAAGAACAUUUGAUCCAUUAUGCUACUCAAAUAACUUCAAUACAGUCCAGAAGAUAUUGGAACAUCACAGAGAUCAAUUUUUUAUCUCAACGAAAUGUUUUGAAUAUGCCGCAAAAGGUAAUCAAACUCUUAUAUUUAUUCUGUUAAAUCACUCAUUGGUAGAACAAACCAAAUAUUUUAAACAAUCAGAACUAAUUUUCAUGGAGGCAAUGGAUGUAGCUGCUAAACUUGGUAAUGUUAAAUUGUUGUCUUUCCUCCACGCAUACUUUAGAGGUGUCACAAACUUUGCAAUUUUAAAUGCUGUCGAAUCUGGUUGUAUGGAAACAUUGAAAUGGGUACACAAAUAUCGUUUAGAACCAAUUACAUCACUAUCAUUAAAUAGAGCCUUUGUUCUAAGAGAUUUAGAAAUGGCUAAAUACCUCUUUAAAAAUUCAAAAUGUCAAAUAAACCCAUCACUCAGAACCUGGGUCAAAGUUAAAGGUAAUUCAAAGCUUGAAAAGCUUUCACAACUCAUAUGCUUCCACAACAAGAUGACUGUUGAAGUAGCACGUCCAGUAUUUGUAGCAUCACAUGGUGUAUAUAGUGAAAAGUUUAACUCUGCUCUUUAUAACAAUAACUUUAAAACUCUCCAUACAUAUCAACUAAAUAGCGCAACUAAAUUCUCAAUUGAUCCAACUGUUAAAUUCCGUGAAGAUUUAAUGGGUGAUCCACUCUACUGCCCAAACUUGCUAUGGAAAAUCACACCAGAUAUCUUUUAUAUGAAUUUGUCCAUGAAAUCAAUUGUCAUUAUUGAUAUUUAUCCAAUUCAUCAAUGCGAAACAAUCGAAGAAACACACAGAAAAAUAGAAAAAAAAGAAAAAAAACUUCAAGAGAAAUAUAAAGAAUUUGUUCACUAUUUAACAACAGUCCUUGAAGAUUAUUCUGCCGUAUUUGUACCAAUGGUAAUGGUUUAUUCACCAACAGCUCCAAUGAUGCCUUCAAAUGAAUUUAAGUCCUUAAUAUCAAAAACCCAUUUACGAGACCCAUUGGAUCCACUUAAAAUCAAAGCCUCUUUAGAAAAAGUUUAUGGUGAGAUAAAAUCUGAAUUACCAGAUCCAAAUUUCGAUACAGAUAUAGAAAAAAAUAACACCAAAUUAUUAAUGGCACCAACUAAAAUCGAAAAUUAUAAUUACCAAGAAAACUCGAUUGUUUCAGCCAAAGAAAAUAAUAAUACUUUUGAAAUAGAAUUUCAAUCUAGAUUAUCUGUGAACAAAAUGGUUAUAGGCAAAGAUAUAGAAUGUGAUUGUAAGGAAUUUAAAAAGAAAGAAAUUUGUCAUCACAUCACUUCACUUUUCAGCAAAUUAAAUAUAGAAUUUAAUCAAAUAUCAUCAAUAGAUAAAAUUAAAGAACAUUUCAAAAAUAAAAUUAACAAUAAAUAAAAAACUAUUUUUAAAAAUUUUUAU